UGCAGGUCUUGUCUCGUCUCGUCAGCCAACCACCGCUCCCCUCCAAAUCCAACAGCGGCGAGUCAAGCCGAACCAAACCAACCCGGCCGCUCCGCUCCCAACUACCUCUCCAAGCCUUGCGGACUCUCAUCGGCAAGCCGCCGCUGAAGCUGCCGCGGCGGCGAUGGAUUCGAGGCCGCGCGAGACCGACGCCCCAGCCGAGCCGGCCGGCAGCGCCACCCCUCCCCCGGCCACGGCUGCGGCGGUCGAGAUCACGAAGCCUCGCAACGACAAGCGCGAGUACCGCCGCGUGGUGCUCCCAAACGACCUCGAGUGCCUGCUAGUCAGCGACCCCGACACCGACAAGGCGGCUGCGUCCAUGAAUGUGUCCGUGGGGUACUUCUGCGAUCCCGACGGGCUGGAGGGGCUCGCACACUUUCUCGAGCAUAUGCUUUUUUAUGCUAGCGAGAAAUAUCCGGUAGAAGACAGUUACUCAAAGUACAUUGCAGAGCAUGGUGGUUCAACAAAUGCUUUCACAUCUUCUGAACACACGAACUUUUAUUUUGAUGUGAACAGUGAUAGCCUGCAUGAUGCUUUGGAUAGGUUUGCACAAUUUUUUAUCAAGCCAUUGAUGUCUCCAGAUGCUACACUUAGAGAAAUAAAAGCUGUUGAUUCUGAAAAUCAGAAAAACCUAUUGUCAGAUCCUUGGCGAAUGAAUCAGCUUCAGAAGCAUCUUUGCUCGAAGAUUCACCCGUAUCAUAAGUUCAGCACUGGAAAUUGGGAUACUCUGGAGGUUAAAGCAAAGGAGAAAGGAUUAGACACAAGGCUUGAGCUUCUUAAAUUUUAUGAGUCACACUACUCAGCCAAUUUGAUGCAACUUGUUGUGUAUGGAAAAGAGAGCCUUGACAACUUGCAAAACCUUGUGGAAAACAAGUUCUGUGAUAUUAGAAACGUUGCACGGAAGCCAUUUUCAUUUCCUGGCCAUCCAUGUACUAGUGAACAUCUCCAGAUCCUUGUUAAAGCAGUUCCCAUAAAACAAGGUCACACCUUGAGAAUUCUGUGGCCAAUCACUCCCAAUGUUCAGCAUUACAAAGAAGGGCCUUGCAAGUACGUCAGCCAUCUAAUUGGCCAUGAAGGAGAAGGAUCUCUUUUUUACAUACUUAAAAAGUUAGGAUGGGCUAUGAGUUUGGAAGCUGGUGAAGGGGAUUGGAAUUAUGAAUUUUCUUUCUUCUCUGUUGUUAUACAGCUCACAGAUGUAGGCCAGGAGCAUGUGGAGGAGAUUGUUGGACUAUUGUUCAGAUAUAUAACACUGCUGCAGACCUCUGGAACUCCAAAGUGGAUUUUUGAUGAGCUUCAAGCCAUCUGUGAGACAGGAUUCCACUAUCGAGACAAGGGCCCACCUAUCAAUUAUGUUGUUAAUAUUUCUUCAAAUAUGCAGAUUUUUCCACCAGAAGAUUGGUUGAUUGCAUCAUCUGUGCCAUCAAAGUUUUCACCAGAUGCUAUUCAGAAAAUUUUAGAUGAACUGACUCCACAGAAUGUAAGAAUAUUUUGGGAAUCAAAAAAAUUUGAAGGGCAAACAAACUUAACAGAGCCAUGGUAUGGCACAUCAUAUUCUGUUGAAGCUGUCCAUCCUUCCGGUAUACAGAAAUGGGUAGAGAAAGCCCCGAAGGAAGAUCUACACCUGCCAAAAUAUAACAUCUUCCUUCCAAGUGAUCUUUCGUUGAAAAGUGUUGAGGAAAAGGUAAGUUUUCCUUGUAUGCUGAGGAAGACACUGUUUUCCAGAUUGUGGUACAAGCCAGAUACAAUGUUUUUCACACCCAAGGCUUAUAUCAAGAUGGAUUUUCACUGUCCACUGUCCCAUAGCUCACCUGAAUCAACAGUUCUUACUGAUUUAUUCACAAGGUUGCUAAUGGAUUAUUUGAAUGAUUAUGCUUAUGAUGCUCAAGUUGCUGGCCUCUAUUAUGCUGUUAAGCCAAAUGACACUGGUUUUCAGGUAACUAUGGUUGGCUACAAUGACAAAAUGAGGACCCUUUUGGAGACUGUUAUUGGCAAGAUUGCAGAAUUUGAAGUUAAAUUUGACCGUUUUUCUGUGAUAAAGGAAACUAUGACAAAGGAGUAUGAGAAUUUCAAAUUCCGGCAGCCAUAUCAGCAAGUCUUAUAUUACUGUUCGUUGAUCUUGGAGGAACAAGCAUGGCCGUGGGAUGAGGAACUUGCUGCACUUUCGCAUCUUGAAGCUAGCGGUCUAGGGAAUUUUUUCCCUCGUUUGCUGGAGAAGACUUUUAUUGAGUGUUAUUUUGCAGGUAAUAUAGAACCAAGUGAAGCAAAAGGUAUUGUCCAGCAUGUUGAAGAUAUCUUAUUUAAUGCACCCAUUAGUGUUUGCAAGCCAUUAUCCCCAUCACAACAUCUUGCCAAGCGAAUUGUAAAGCUUGAAAUGGGUUUGAGAUUCUACUAUCCAACAAUGUGUUUAAAUCACCAAGAUGAAAAUUCUGCUCUGCUGCACUAUAUUCAGACUCAUCAGGAUAAUGUCAAACAAAAUGUUCUACUUCAGCUGCUUGCUCUUGUUGGUAAGCAGCCGGCUUUUCAUCAGUUACGGUCAGUUGAGCAACUUGGCUACAUAGCGCUGCUUAGGCAAAGAAAUGAUUCAGGUGUCCGUGGAUUGCAAUUUAUAAUCCAGUCAACUGUGAAGGAUCCAUCCAAUCUUGAUGCCAGAGUUGAAGCUUUUCUUAAGAUGUUUGAAGGCACCCUUUACCAGAUGCCUGAUGAAGAAUUCAAGAGUAAUGUGAACACUCUUAUUGAUAUGAAACUGGAGAAGUACAAGAACAUACGGGAGGAAUCAGCAUUUUUCUGGGGAGAGAUUUCCAUGGGAACUCUGAAAUUUGAUAGAAAAGAAGCAGAGGUUGCUGCACUGAGGGAGCUCAAGAAGGAAGAGUUGAUAGAGUUCUUUGAUAAUCAUGUCAAAGUCAACGCGCUGCAAAAGAAGAUUCUUAGCAUACAAGUCUAUGGUGGUCUCCAUUCCGCCGAGUACAAAAAGAUAAUUAAUGAUGCACCACCACCGCAAUCGUGUGAAAUAACUGAUAUAUACAGCUUCAGAAGGUCGAGGCCUCUAUAUGGAUCAUUCAGGGGAGGUGUUGGUCAGAUGAAGCUGUAGGUCAACAUUUAAAUUUUUGAGAAAAUAUGAAAGAGUAAUCUUUACAUGUAACUUCAAUAGUUCUUAUAGGAAUGUUUUCAGUGGGACUAGGUUGACAACUUGCAUGCCUUCUGGUGGCUAUCAACUUCAUAAAGGACACCCGAGUAGGGUUCGUCUCUAUGUGUCUUCUUAAUAUUAAAUAAGAUCUUUUGAAACUUUCA